UGUUUGCUCGUGAUUCUUUUUGCACAGCGUGAGUGUAUCUCAGUUCAUGUCGGCCAAGCGGGAGUGCAGAUUGGUAAUGCGUGUUGGGAGUUGUACUGCCUGGAGCAUGGAAUUCAGCCUGAUGGCCAAAUGCCAAGCGACAAGACCAUAGGAGGCGGAGACGAUUCCUUCAACACUUUUUUCAGUGAAACCGGAGCGGGAAAGCACGUCCCUCGCGCCGUUUUUGUAGACUUGGAACCAACAGUUGUAGGUAAGCCCAGAACAAGUUUAUCGUUACGAUAAUUUUGGGCUGAAUUUUACAGGGAGAGCCGAGAAAAAGAAGGAAAAGCAAGCACGAUGGGGAAGCUUACUAAACUUUUAGUAGAUGAUGUAGUGUCCUCGCCUUCGUAAAUAAUAUUUACACUAUUUGAUUAAAAAAAGAACUACCCAAAUGCUAGAAUGCUGAAAUGCACGAUAAAAAAUAAGCACAUAUAGAGGAAAAUUCGGUAUCUUCUUGUGCAUCCAGCCCCAUUCACACCAACUAAACAUGUUUAACCAGGUUUUAAAAAAUGAAAAACGGCCAUGGAAAACUGAAACUGACAAGAUUUCACGCAGGAUUCAAAUGGAAUUCAACAUGUUUUGUAAUUUGCACUAAAUUUGCAAGUUAAGUUUGUUAAGUUAGUUAGCAGCUUCUAUGAAGGAAACAAAAUUCAAACCAUGUUUAGCUAUUAAGCAGCUUUUGAACAUGUUCAAGUUUGGGCGUGAAUGUGGCUUAAGAUUUAUAAGCUUACAUUUUGUCCCUCCUAGAUGAGGUCCGCACUGGCACUUAUCGCCAGCUCUUCCACCCUGAACAGUUGAUAACUGGCAAAGAAGAUGCUGCGAACAACUAUGCCCGCGGUCAUUACACUAUUGGAAAGGAAAUCAUUGACCUUGUCCUUGACAGGAUUCGUAAGCUGGUAAGCCUGUGCUUAAGUAAGAUUUAUUAGGUUGUUUCAACAUAUGUUCACUAUUGUGGUUCAAACGGUUUUUUGUGGUGGUUCUCUUAAAAGUAUUAUCGGUUCUGUGAGGUUUAACUACAGGAGUCGCUUAUGGCUGAAACGGUAUGCAUUCCUCAAAGGAAAAAAAAAUGGAGAUUGUGAAAUAAAAAAUGUCAAAACCAAGAAGUAAUAAAAACAUAUUAUUCUAACCUUGAAAAAGAUUACAUGAUCUAGCCUGAUGUAGAUUAAGAAAAAUUUAAUUUCAUAUUAAUUUUGAUUAUCAAUAGAUAAUGCCACAAGAGGAAACAUCCUCUUUCAGAUCUGUUCAUGUUGCAGAGGGUAAACUUUCUUUAGCACUGUGACUCUUGAUCGGUAAGGGAUGUACAAAACUAUCAGUCCACGGGAGGGAGGGGACGAAAGCAUUGUCAUCUAAUAGGGGAUAAGGAAUUUAUAAAAGGUCUCUCUCUCUCUCUCUCUCUCUCUCGAGAGAGAGAGAGAGAGAGAGAGAGAGAGGAUAGCGGGUGUAAUUUCCUUGUUAGGUGAUAGUAGAAGGAACUGCAUCAAUUCACUGCAAAGAGGCACCAGCAGGUAGAGGGUAAAAGGUUAGAACUGAUCUUAAGUGGUAUGUGCACAAGGGCGUGAAAAAAAAUUCAGCAAACGUCCAUGAAAAAACCUUAAAAGAUAUGAGUUUGUAUAUGCAGUUAGCUUGCAAUUUUAGUUUACAGUUUUUUUUUCAUCUUUUUUAAUAGGCUGAUCAGUGUACUGGUUUACAAGGCUUCCUCAUCUUCCAUUCCUUUGGGGGUGGGACUGGAUCCGGUUUUACAUCAUUGCUGAUGGAACGCCUGUCAGUUGAUUAUGGCAAGAAAUCUAAGCUGGAGUUUGCUAUCUAUCCCGCCCCCCAAAUUGCAACUGCUGUCGUUGAGCCUUACAAUUCUAUCUUGACAACUCACACCACACUUGAGCACUCAGACUGUGCAUUCAUGGUGGACAAUGAAGCCAUCUAUGACAUCUGUCGCAGAAACUUGGACAUUGAGAGGCCAACCUAUACUAACCUGAACCGUCUGAUUGGACAGAUUGUGUCUUCCAUCACAGCAUCACUUCGUUUUGAUGGUGCCCUGAAUGUUGAUUUAACUGAGUUUCAGGUACAUGCUGGUUCAAUCUGCGUGUAAAUAUUAGUUCAAGAUAUGUGGGGCUUUCAUUCUUUCAGAGUAGAAUUGUCUUAAAACCAAGAAAAAUGUUACUAGCAAUGAAUUUCUUAUGGGUUGCUUUGUCUUCUUAAAAGCUUUGGCAAAAACGAGGUGAUGUCAAGCGAGUUUGUUUUCACAAUAGUAUUCAAAGACGUUAUUUUCAUUGCCACUAACUAAAGUGACACUGAGGACAUUGAAUGUUGUACAGAGUUUAUCUUUUGAGACUAGACUUCUGCCCUUCCCUAUGUCUAUCUUUACCUUUAUUAAGAGGGAAGGAUCAAUAUGUGCCAUUAUAUUCUGCAUCUCUAGACCAACUUGGUGCCUUAUCCACGUAUUCACUUCCCAUUGGCUACAUACGCACCUGUCAUCUCUGCUGAGAAAGCCUACCAUGAGCAGCUCAGUGUGGCUGAGAUCACUAAUGCCUGUUUUGAGCCUGCCAAUCAGAUGGUGAAGUGUGAUCCUCGUCAUGGCAAGUAUAUGGCCUGCUGUCUACUGUAUCGAGGUGAUGUUGUACCCAAGGAUGUCAACGCUGCCAUUGCUACCAUCAAGACUAAGAGGACCAUUCAGUUUGUAGACUGGUGCCCAACUGGAUUUAAGGUCAGUUUGGCUUAAAAGCUUUUUCUGCUCCCACCUAUUUUAAUUAAUUUUUCAGACAGAAUUAUCUCCUUUCAUGUGCAACAGUGAGAAAAUAACUUUUCUGUGUGAACUUACGUAAGGUCACAAGCAACAUUCAUCCUUCUUCUUUUUUUAAUGUUUUGAAACUUAUAGGGCAGAAGUGCGUUAUUAUUAAUUUCUUUAUUUAUUUUUGUCUGUUACUAUGUGAUUUGUAAGAAACGUCGAUUUACUUGAAAAUAGGAACCUUUUUCUCUCAUUCUUGGAGUAUGAAUGUGGUGCACGGUCGAUGCGGUCUAUAAGUAAAGAAAAUAAAAUUUCUGUCAUAUACACUUUAAUAACUUAGUGUCAUUAUCCCCGAAACGUUCCUUUCCGCUUCCGUGAUGUUAUGCUGCAAGUAUUUUUCAGUGGAGAUCGGAGAUCUUGACUUUUUACUGAUUCUCGUCUGAUUUCCAAUGGCUUUCUGGCAAUAAAUGUGGUGUUUUUUUCUCAAUAAUUAUUGUUACUUUCAGGUUGGCAUCAACUACCAGCCACCGACAGUUGUUCCAGGCGGCGACCUCGCCAAAGUUCAACGUGCAGUAUGCAUGUUGAGUAACACAACAGCUAUUGCCGAGGCCUGGGCCCGCCUUGAUCACAAGUUUGAUCUGAUGUACGCCAAGCGCGCGUUUGUCCAUUGGUAUGUGGGUGAGGGCAUGGAGGAAGGAGAGUUUUCCGAAGCUCGUGAAGAUCUGGCCGCCCUUGAGAAAGACUAUGAAGAAGUGGGUGUGGAUUCAGUGGACGCCGAAGGCGAAGAGGAAGGAGAGGAGUACUGAAAAACUUAAACUGGCCUGACUUCUUUUCUUGUUUUUAUUUGGUUUUAUUUUCUACAUGGCUUGACACUUGAAUAAAAGUUUGACUUAAUAUGCCUGUUGUCAUGUUGCCUAGUUUUCGAUCCUUGUGCGUCAUGUAUACUGAUCCCAACCUUUUAUUUUACCGUAUGCUUGUCAUAUUCACGCGCAUAUUUAUUUUCUGGAUGUCAAGGACCAGGGGCACCCAGCGACUGUUUUCUGUAAAAUAUCUGUCUCGAAUUUUCUUUUGCUUGAGGACGGCUAAAAAUAUCUAGAUUAACGUUCCAUUCUUGGACAAUUUUCGAAGCUUACCUAAUAAAUUCCCUACGAUUUUCUGAAGUUUAGUUUUUCAUAUUCUACUACCCAGGUUACACUAUUUUUCGAGGAAAAAAUCCAAAAAUCCAUGGCUCGUACAAUCUUGAAUUAAAGGUCUUGAAUUUUACUAGUCGUCUUGAAUUUGGUUUAGGUCCUUGAAAAGUACUUGAUUUUUUAAUUAGGUCUUCAAAGUCCUUGAAAUUCACAACCUUGUCUAUGCCAAAGACCUUUUUAUCUGUAAAAUUAACCUGAGAUCAGGCCCAAUUUUAGCGGUUCUCAUACAUUCUCUGUAACGGCUACCGCUUUCGCCUUGCCCGCCGGAAUGUAAUUUUUAAAGCAAAACGAAAAUAGAGCCUGAUCUCAGGUUACUGUAAAAUUAGAUUAUUUUGCUGAGGAAAAUUUGGUUCAUCCUCGGUGUAAGAACCUGUAAAACUCACAGGUAACGUAAAAACAUUAUUUUUUGUACAUGAACAGUAUUUUAUUUCUGUUUCUUUAUUUCAACUGCUAUUUCUGUACCUCAGAUGCAAUUGCAAGUCAUACCCAGUCAUUUUGCAAAGUCUUAUUGCGGAAAGUAAUAUAAAAUAAUGUGAUCAAUGAUGGCCGAAGAAGUAAAAAUCGUAAAUGACGUGUUUUAACCAAUAGGGGUUAAAGAAUGCCGAUUCAUUAAAUAAAUCUUAGUCCUUGAAAAACGUAAUUUGUCCUUGAAAAGUCCUUGAAAUCUGUUUGUCUGAAGUUGAACGAACCAUGGGAAUCAGAAAAAUGCUCACUUUGGUAAAACCUUCAAUUUUCGGGAAAAUAAUACUGAAGCCCUUGGGAUGACCGAACAGAUAAAAAUUUUGUAGCGCCGCUUAGAAUGCAUUUCUACAGAUCUAAAAGUACUCUGGAUGGCCUAAAAACGCUUUUUCAACGUAUUUUGGAGGAAACCGUCGUUGGGUGCCCCUGAAUGACCCACAAAGACAAAAGACAAACGUCCAAAAAGUAGUUUUUCAUAGAGUAUGGUUUGAAGCAUUUGUCUGUUAUUAAAUAAGCAAGUACAUUCUUUGCUUACUUUAACUUUCUGUAGGCCAUUGAUACAUAUCUGAAACAAACAAGCCAAAACGGACGGUCAAUUAUUGGAAUCCCAAUAAAGGCAAUGGAGGGGCCGGUAAACGUCUGUUUGUUUUAGUGUAAUGUUUCCAUAUGAAAGCUAGAAUGGCCGAAAUAAACGUUCAGUGAUCGUCACGCUUAUGUAGAAACAGUUCUUCAUCAAUCAGACUUUAAUCAUUUCUGAAUCAAAUUUAGUUUUUCACAGAAACCCUCUUUGGACAUGUAAUUCGCACCCACGAUUCUCAGGGCAAAACUUCGUCAACUUUAACGCGAGAAAAAUGAACGCGAGACAAAUGCUUUUUCUAUUUUUCGUUGGAAUGCAUGCGUAGAUAAUUUUGAGGGGAUUUUCUCCGUGUCAGUACAAAAAAGUAAGCAGUUUUGAAAUUGUUUGUACAAAAUGAUUCUCGUCUUCCAGCCAGGAAAAAUCGGAGGCGUGCGGAGUCAAGAUUAGAAUUUCCAUUUGACUGUCAUCAUGGAUGUCAUUUUCAGUCUAGUCCUAUUUGCAAGACUUACCAUACGUCGAUUUCAGUAACUGCUUUGGUGAUGAUGAUAGUUGGAAUAACGAAGGCAGAAGUAAGUGCUUUCUCCCUUGUUUCUUUAAUCUAAAAAGAAAUGACAUGGUAAAGGCGGACAAUCGAACACUGGGAAGUAAAUGAUAUAUUUCCUGGUUGGAAAACUGAGACUUUAGGUCCACUCUCAAAGUACCAUAAAAAUGUAGGUCAAGACACUCACUACUCAAUUCAACACGAUGUAAAUUUAUAACCGGCCAAACAACUUUGAUAUUCAUGUUUCACUCUUCAAGCUCGGACUUAAGUGAUAGAAAAUGUUCUCAAAAAAUUUGUUUACGCGAUGUGGUCUCCUAUUUGAAGGGGAUUGUUUUUAAUACGGGUUAGAUUGGUUGGGUGUUGAGCAAAUCAGUUUAUCAGCAGGGGAAUGCUGGCGUUUGUGGUUUUCUCACCCAUUCCAGUUUUUUGUCCCGAAAUCCAAUCCAGGACAAAAAAGAUGUGGCCUUCUUGUUUUCUUUCUUUCUCAAUGUUGGCUUGUCGCUGCCAUCAUGCAUAUUCUUCUCCCAGUUGUAGAUAAUUUCACUUUUGAGAUGAGCCUGAGAUGAAAGGAAAUGCGCUUCGGUAAGGCACCAAAAACAGAAACGUAUUCUUUUUUUUUUUCGCUUUAAGGCACCACUCUCACACUGCAAUCGUUCUUAUCAGUCCUUCUCAGGGCCCCUUUUGAUACCAGUUAAUGGCUGAUAGGGCGGCUACGAACGGAUUUAUUGCAACUGAACUGAACUGAAUUAUAUACGGCUCAAAAUCAUAGUAUUGCCGCCUGAAAGAAAUUUCUCAAGGCAAAGAAAGCCUGCUUGCAGGUAUUUCCAAUUUCUCUGUGCUUAAACCAGAGACCGGACGCCAGCAUGCAAGUGGACUUUCUGAAGUUAAAGUCCUUGGCUUCUCAUUUCCGGUUCCGGUAGUUGGCCGUAGAGCUCCCGCUCUCUCGCUCGCUUUUUGCCUCAGAAAACAUAAAAAAUCUACAGCUCGCGCUUCGCGCGAGGGAAAAAAUAUGAGCUCGACUUGUAGGCAAGUCUAGUAUGCAAGCUACAAGCUAAGAAAUGAACACUAAACACUGCGAAGGAUACGAGACUAAUUUAUCGACAGUAUUUCGACAGUUUAUCACAGUAAAAAGGAAGGGAAGCUUUGAGAGGUAACGUUUUUACUUACUCGUUUUCGUGAAUGCAUUCCAUGCGGGAGCUCCUCUUUGCUAUGCAAACCUCUCAAACUCUAAGGCAAACGAACUCAAAAUUUUAUUUAACAGUAACAGAAAAACGAUUCAAAACUAACAAAAAGUGAAAGUCUUCUUUUUUAUACGGGGCUUCGAAUUCUGAGUCGCCUUCUUUUAAGAGCCUAAAAUCACUAAAUCAGUCGUGGAAAGAGUGAAAAUCGCCCUCUAAUGAACAGCAAAUUGUUUGCUCAGUGUGCCUCACUGUACAAUAGAAAAUUAACUGUCACACCGUCUCGCUCAAACGUUGGAUAGCGUAAAUUCACGGUCCAGCAAAUAAAUAUUAGGGAAACCAACUUACUGUGUUAUCCUCUGAAUAGAGAUUUAUUCAUGUGGAUAGCGUAAUCCAUCUUUCGAACAACUGGGCCCAGGAGUCUAGCCUGUUUUUCAGACGACUACUUCGAGGCGUUUUCUAUUCUCGAGUAAAAACAACUGAAGUAAUCGUCUGAAAUUCAUGAUCAGAUACGUGCUGGUUUCGAAAACCCCUCUCCAAAAUGCAUGACCAGCAUCCAGGUUUCUGGUUACCUCUAUUUUGGGAGCCGGGUCAUCAAAAGUAUUUAGAGCGAGCCAUCAAUUCAAGUCAAUAAUUAACAACUGGACGAGGCUGAGUAUGAAAAUGAAGAAAAUUAUGCAGCUCGAGGAGGGUUUUACACCUCCACGAUCUGUAGAACCAAUUCAUACCAAAUCGAAUCCAACAAUUAUUUUUUUAUCCAUUCAAAAUAUUCAAUCCAACUUAAAACACGCUUUCUUCGUUCUUUGUAAGGCACCCGUCUUCAAAAUAUUUGCGUUUCCCUCGGCAAUUUCAAGAUACUAAGGGGAUAGUAAGGUUAGUCUGGUGGCUCUUGGUCUAGCAUGUAUUUUUUAAAUAAUGGGAUAGUAAUUGAAACAGCACUAAUGCGUGAAGUGCCAAAAACAGUGAAAUUUGUAAAAACAUAACAGGCUCCCGUUUUAACUUUGUGUUAGUUUUACUUGGUUUUUCAACUCACCAUGAAUUUGUGUGUCCCCAUCGGCGACCUCUCAGUUUGCGAAUCGAUAAGCCACAACUCCUCCUUUCUUGGCCAACAUUCAUCAGAAAAAUCGCCUGUAUUCGAUUUACUUGAUUGCCCUCCUUUGCUUGCCUAGAAAAUAAAUGAAAAGAGAAUAUCACUUACUGUAUGAUUUACUCUCUGAUUUACUCUCCGCGCGCUUCAUUUUUGUCGUCUUGUUCUGAAUUUUCAGUUCACAAUAAAUGAAGUAGCUGGAGAACAUCGGUUUUUGCAAAAAAGAUGGAAAAGGAAACACGAAAUAUUACGAAUUGAGCUUAACUUGACAGCUUGUUAAUGAGAGUUUGUUUUACAUACCAUGCUUUCAAGAUGCAGCAUUUUUCACUCACCGACAGCACUCAGUUCUUCAGGUUCGAUUGCGGUUGGAGCAAGAGCGGAGAAAGCAAAUUUGGUUCCUCUUCGUACCAAAUCAACCUUACAUAAGUAUAAUCCAAGCAAUUGCAAGGAACUCUUGCGCCACAUUUUGAAAAUCUCUUUACGGGAUGAAAUGAAACCACACAAAGAAAAUGGCUGACGCAAAACCAGAAGACAUCAUGGUUAUUUGUGUUGUAGGGAUUUUUAUGGGAAUUAAUAUGAAAUUGGUAAAUAUGGACAAGGACAUCGAGUUUGGUGACUUUUAACUUUUACAACACGGGUUCAGCAGCUAGUAAUAGAAAUUAAUUAGCUUCACCAUGUCAGUAAUGUUUGCUAUUAAAACACUGGAGAAUAUCUACAUAAUUAUAAAGUAGAUAAUCCUCUUGAUGUUGCAAUAUUUGUUCGCCCAAAUUAGCCUGCCAAAACGAUUUGUUGCUUAGACACAAACAAACAAACAGAUAAACACGCAAACCAUCACCGCCAAAAACAACGAAGACGACGAAAGAUCAAAGUUUACAGCGAGUUUUGAAUCUGCCGGCAGAUAAAACAUUUGCGGUAGAAAUGGGUCUCCUUGAUGAUGAUGACGUGCCACGCCCUGCACUAUGAAAUAAUUGCGCCCGAAGGUUGCAUUCCUAAUCUGAGAUCUCUCAUGAAACUUUUCUCUCUAGAGCACGCACUUUUAGCCGCCCUGCAGGUUUUUCAGGGGCUUUUUCUUUGGUUUAGCCUCGUUAGGACAAAAAUCACGUUAACUAAUGGUCCAGUGAAAUCACUGUCGGAUUUACUCUCCUUUUAAUUACUACCUGUAGUUCCUUUAUUUACCCUCGGCAGUAUUUUGCAGUUCAAAGGCUACUGGGACGGAACAAAUAACUGAAGCAAACAAAUCAAAUAAACAUCCCAACUGGCCGGAAGCGGACCAGCUGGCUAUUUACAAGCGUGGCCGAGGAUUUGAACUCGGGGCCGACUAUCGUGAACAAAUCCAGCUGUCGGCUAGGGCUGGACUUGAAUUCGGGGCUUCCGGAUUGUAAGUCCAGCGCCCUAACCACUCGCCCACGCUGCCACGGUUAGUAUGAAAAAGAAAAAACAAAAAACAAAAAAAAAANCAAAAACAACGAAGACGACGAAAGAUCAAAGUUUACAGCGAGUUUUGAAUCUGCCGGCAGAUAAAACAUUUGCGGUAGAAAUGGGUCUCCUUGAUGAUGAUGACGUGCCACGCCCUGCACUAUGAAAUAAUUGCGCCCGAAGGUUGCAUUCCUAAUCUGAGAUCUCUCAUGAAACUUUUCUCUCUAGAGCACGCACUUUUAGCCGCCCUGCAGGUUUUUCAGGGGCUUUUUCUUUGGUUUAGCCUCGUUAGGACAAAAAUCACGUUAACUAAUGGUCCAGUGAAAUCACUGUCGGAUUUACUCUCCUUUUAAUUACUACCUGUAGUUCCUUUAUUUACCCUCGGCAGUAUUUUGCAGUUCAAAGGCUACUGGGACGGAACAAAUAACUGAAGCAAACAAAUCAAAUAAACAUCCCAACUGGCCGGAAGCGGACCAGCUGGCUAUUUACAAGCGUGGCCGAGGAUUUGAACUCGGGGCCGACUAUCGUGAACAAAUCCAGCUGUCGGCUAGGGCUGGACUUGAAUUCGGGGCUUCCGGAUUGUAAGUCCAGCGCCCUAACCACUCGCCCACGCUGCCACGGUUAGUAUGAAAAAGAAAAAACAAAAAACAAAAAAAAAACACAAAGAUAAACUUGAACACAAGCAAACCUUUUCGAAAUAAUGCGCUGAGCUUUGCCAAGUCCCUGUCCGGCGAUUCACCAGGCCUUCUCACUCGAUUCACCUAGGUGACGUAUCGAAGGCCAACUCGGACCACGUGACCCGAAACGCAUUUGCCGCGCGGAAAAAUGAGGCGAAGGGACUAGGCAAAGCUGAGAAGCUCAGUGUCUUUUUAUGAAGUGAAAGACAAUCAGAAUGUGAUAUCAACGUUAGGACGUACAACUGAGGCUGCAAUGUACCCUGGUAGUUCUCAAUGAAUACCACGGCGCGGGAAACUGUGUCAAGGAAACGCCAGGAGGGUAGAUGGCCCAGCCCCCCAACCCAAACUUUCUUAGGGGGUUUGUCACGCGUUCCUUCCCCGCGAAGGUCCACAGAUGCUUAGAUAACUUCAGCUAAUAAGCCUACGCGCCUAAAAUGACCGAAAACGUUAAGCAUUCGUUAUAUCAUUAGAGCCAAUUUGAGUUUUCAAAAUUGUUGCUAUGGUACCCGAUUAAGUUAAUACCAACAGUACUAGUCAGUGACCGGGUAUUCUUGUGUUUAAUAGUAGGAUGGUUAUGUUGAUCUCUCCCCCCUUUCUACAAGUAAAGUUUCUUCGGCCUAUUCCGUAAACCUUAUUUGAGAUGAUUUGGAUCCUUCCAGUUAACACUUUUAAAAGAAAAGGCAGAACAUAAAAAAUUGACGGCUAAUAUGAUCUUACAUGUACUGAAAUUCUUUUAUCUUGAGUAGGAUAUAAACCUGUACUUAUUCAAUCUUUAUUUCAUAGGCAAUUAUAAUAGAAAUAGCACCGACUAAUUAACAAUCGUUUGUUUUUCCUUUACAUCUUUAAGGUAAGAGAAGUCAGUUUAUAAUAUGCUCCUUUAGAUUGUAGUUUUCUCUCUGGUACAAGAUUCUUAAACAACCUGCAUACCAGACUGAGGAGCCAAUAAUCCUACGAUAAGCUACCAAAAACAUUGCUCUACGUCAAGACUAUAGGCCAGAUGCAGGCUUUUUGAGCCAACCUCGUCCCCAGGUCGCUUUUCCCUGGCUUUGGAGGUAAACGGGGUGUACUGACUGAUAUCAGGGACUAUCCUCUUUGAAAUUAAAAAUACCGUUUGAAUUGUCCUUGACAUGCACCCCUCAUAAAUUGAAUUUCAGGCUUGCCAAAUAUAAGGAUCGCCCUUCCAUUCUCUUCUCCUGAAUUCAUCUCUGUCAUCUGUCUUCUAUUAGCUGCUUCUUAUACAAAAUUAGCCAGUAGGAGGCGCAUGAGAAAGUUAGGACGCAAAUAAGAACUGGUCGCGAGGGAAAGAGGUAGUACGUUCGUGUCAUCCUCGUCUCUCAAGCCCAUCGUUUAUCUUGGGCCCCAUAUUAAUUUUCUAACCCACCUUCCAUCCAGGCUAAUAAAGUAAUCUCUCCAAGUGUUAAAUAAUCAACUUAAAAUCAGUUUUCUACAAACCUACAUUAAAGCAUUUUCGAAAUUUUGUUCUGGUCUGUUUUUAAACAACUCAACCCACCAGAUCUCAAUAAUUCACGGUCCUACAUAUAUGAUAAUGUGACAACCGAGUUGGGGAAUUUUUUUUUUUCAUCUUUUUUAAUAGGCUGAUCAGUGUACUGGUUUACAAGGCUUCCUCAUCUUCCAUUCCUUUGGGGGUGGGACUGGAUCCGGUUUUACAUCAUUGCUGAUGGAACGCCUGUCAGUUGAUUAUGGCAAGAAAUCUAAGCUGGAGUUUGCUAUCUAUCCCGCCCCCCAAAUUGCAACUGCUGUCGUUGAGCCUUACAAUUCUAUCUUGACAACUCACACCACACUUGAGCACUCAGACUGUGCAUUCAUGGUGGACAAUGAAGCCAUCUAUGAUAUCUGUCGCAGAAACUUGGACAUUGAGAGGCCAACCUAUACUAACCUGAACCGUCUGAUUGGACAGAUUGUGUCUUCCAUCACAGCAUCACUUCGUUUUGAUGGUGCCCUGAAUGUUGAUUUAACUGAGUUUCAGGUACAUGCUGGUUCAAUCUGCGUGUAAAUAUUAGUUCAAGAUAUGUGGGGCUUUCAUUCUUUCAGAGUAGAAUUGUCUUAAAACCAAGAAAAAUGUUACUAGCAAUGAAUUUCUUAUGGGUUGCUUUGUCUUCUUAAAAGCUUUGGCAAAAACGAGGUGAUGUCAAGCGAGUUUGUUUUCACAAUAGUAUUCAAAGACGUUAUUUUCAUUGCCACUAACUAAAGUGACACUGAGGACAUUGAAUGUUGUACAGAGUUUAUCUUUUGAGACUAGACUUCUGCCCUUCCCUAUGUCUAUCUUUACCUUUAUUAAGAGGGAAGGAUCAAUAUGCGCCAUUAUAUUCUGCAUCUCUAGACCAACUUGGUGCCUUAUCCACGUAUUCACUUCCCAUUGGCUACAUAUGCACCCGUCAUCUCUGCUGAGAAAGCCUACCAUGAGCAGCUCAGUGUGGCUGAGAUCACUAAUGCCUGUUUUGAGCCUGCCAAUCAGAUGGUGAAGUGUGAUCCUCGUCAUGGCAAGUAUAUGGCCUGCUGCCUACUGUAUCGAGGUGAUGUUGUACCCAAGGAUGUCAACGCUGCCAUUGCUACCAUCAAGACUAAGAGGACCAUUCAGUUUGUAGACUGGUGCCCAACUGGAUUUAAGGUCAGUUUGGCUUAAAAGCUUUUUCUGCUCCCACCUAUUUUAAUUAAUUUUUCAUACAGAAUUCUCUCCUUUCAUGUGCAACAGUGAGAAAAUAACUUUUCUGUGUGAACUUACGUAAGACCACAAGCAACAUUCAUCCUUCUUAAUGUUUUGAAACUUAUAGGGCAGAAGCGCGUUAGUAUUAAUUUCUUUAUUUAUUUUUGUCUGUUACUAUGUGAUUUGUAAGAAAGGUCGAUUUAUGUGAAAAUAGGAACCUUUUUCUCUCAUUCUUAGAGUAUGAAUGUGGUGCACGGUCGAUGCGGUCUAUAAAUAAAAAAAUAAUUAAUAAUUUAGUGUCAUUAUCCCCGAAACGUCCAUUUCCGCUUCUGUGAUGUUAUGCUGCAAGUAUUUUCCAGUGGAGAUCGGAGAUCUUGACUUUUUACUGAUUCUCGUCUGAUUUCCAAUGGCUUUCUAGCAAUAAAUGUGGUGUUUUUUUCUCAAUAAUUAUUGUUACUUUCAGGUUGGCAUCAACUACCAGCCACCGACAGUUGUUCCAGGCGGCGACCUCGCCAAAGUUCAACGUGCAGUAUGCAUGUUGAGUAACACAACAGCUAUUGCCGAGGCCUGGGCCCGCCUUGAUCACAAGUUUGAUCUGAUGUACGCCAAGCGCGCGUUUGUCCAUUGGUAUGUGGGUGAGGGCAUGGAGGAAGGAGAGUUUUCCGAAGCUCGUGAAGAUCUGGCCGCCCUUGAGAAAGACUAUGAAGAAGUGGGUGUGGAUUCAGUGGACGCCGAAGGCGAAGAGGAAGGAGAGGAGUACUGA